AUGUACCAGCAACCCUCCAACCAGGGCGAGCGGAGGGUGGCGGGGGGUCGGGGCCUCUGCAGCAGUGGAUCAAGCCCCGUGUCAACACAUGUUUACUUCCCCGUUUCAUCUUUCCUUCUGAUGCGCUUCCGUUCGGCCGCCGCGGCGCGUAGUCGGGAGCCCGUCUGGGUUUGCUUGUGCCGUGGCGGUGCAGCAGGGGCAGGCAGACAACGCCUCCAGCGUCUUCCCAACACAACGUUUAUUCCUCAAAGUGGAUCAGAGAAGCAGGAGAGCUCUUCAAGCCGCCGCCGCGCUGUAGCCUACGCACGCCGUGUUGGUGUGCACGCCACGGUCGGAUCUUCCUCUGUUCUGGAGACGGUCGGCAGAAACGGCAGCUCCACGGUCAUCCCAAACGAGCAGCGGCCGAGGCACCUGUCGGCUCUGACUCUGAGCCGUGUAAUCUGCCAACACGGUUUGACCUUCCGGGCCACCGCACUUCAGCCUCGCUGCGAUCACCGCACGGUUUCGCCGUUUCUGACAGACGAUACUUCUCCUUUAACACGUUUCUGUACGCACCUCAAGCACAAAACCGACGGCAGCAGAAGCCGCGGGAGCCGAGAGCGCGGUUUGGCGGCGGGGGUGCCAGGUAUAAACGUAGACAUUAGCGCGGACGUGCCGAGGGUUUGA